AUGUCAACUAAAUCGGGAGAACCUGUUAAGGACCGGAACGAGUUGGAGCAGUCAUUAAAAUCUGCAGAAGAUACGAUAAGCCGACUGGAGGCCAAGCUAGAUGCACAAACGAAGGCUAGGAAAAAGGCCGAGGAGCGCGAGGCCCAGGUGAGAUCACAGGGAAAUGCUCCUCCAGGUGCAGAAACCAACACGGAAGCAAGUCUAGCCUGGAAUGUUCAGUAUUUACUUGAGCGAACCCCCCUGAACCCUGAAGCUUUGAGAAACGCAAUCAAUGAACAAGUUGAUUACCAUAAACGGCGAACUGCCUUCUUCACAAACCUCGCCCACACGUUUCGCGAUGAACGCGAUCAAGCAGAGCAGCAUCUCUGCCUGAUAGAAGCUAGGUCUAGCGAUGAACUUCAGUCAGCCGAUGCCAAAGAUCCAAUGCACACAGUCACUGCCUCCGUCUGUGCUGCUGUCGAGGAAGCUACUCGGAAACUCCAGGGACUGGAGGAGCUCAUUCCGGUUUCCAUGGAGCCGGAGAUGCCGGAAACGCAGAGCGAAGUCAGUGAUUAUGGAAAGGCGAAUCGCUUGCAGCAGACAGGCAAUUUCUUGGGCAUCAAUAAACUCAUUGACAAUUUCAGUGAUGCGGUUCAAGCCAUCGUCAAGAGAGCUAGUUCUACUAUCCGGACGAUCGGCGAGCCAACCGUCAGUCAUCUGAAGGAAACUCCUUUGGAAAAGGAUGGGGAGCUGUCUGAGGCAAAGCAAGCCACGGCGAGAACGAAGACUGUUAGGUUUCAGGAUGAACCCAUCGAGGUUGUGACCGAGAAAGAGGCGGAUGAGGAAGAAAUUUGGGAGUUGAACGAUACCAUUAAGAGAUCUGCGAAUGCGAGAGACCGUCUUGAGAAGGAUCUAAAAGCUCAGCUCAGCUCCGAAGAGAGUAAGGCCAGAAAUUUCGAGAAGGAGCUGGAGAAGCAGACAACACUAAGCUUGAAAGAAAGGAAUGCUAGUACAACUGUACUCAAAAAUCUCCGUGACCGUUUGGAACAACUGGAAAAACAAGAUGGCAGGCCGUCGACAGAAGAAUCCAAUAGUACUGGCAAGUACCUCCAGGAAUAUUUGGAAGCUCAGCGCGCAUCAAAUGAGAGUAUAAUAGACUUCGGGCAGCGACAACGCGAUCAAACUAUUUCUCAACUCAAAGAAGAUCACGCAACACUUAAACAAAAUCUCACAGAAGCGGAGAAGCUCGCCCGAGUUUGCGCAGAGGAGGACCAUAAAGGAAGGAUAGCCAUACUAGAGGAGCAAAUUAGAACGAAUAAGAUGCAGCUCGUUCCUCAACCACUUCCUCAGUCUCAAAAUGUCAAGGAUCAAGACCCGAACGACGCAGAAAUCGCCCGCCAGCUGCGCGCCGCCCAAGAUCAACUCGCAGCACAGGUCCCAUCGUACACCGAGCUGCAGAACCGUCUCCGAGAUGCUGAAAACCGAGACGCCUACCUUUCGCAAUCCGUCGGCGAGGAUGGGAUCAAGGGUCUGAGACGGGAUGUGGAGGAUGGGAAGGUGAGUGUUAAGGGGUUGGAGGCGAGAGUGAAAGAGUUGGAGAUGAAAGUUAAGGAGUUGGAGACGAAAUUUGCGGAUCGCUUACAAGGACAAGGAGCUGCCGAUGAUGGCGAUGAUGGAGGAGGCGGGGAUAAGCCACCUCCACCACCACCACCUGGUGGCAAUGACGAUGCGGGUGAUGAUGGCGAUGAUGGCGAUGAUGGUGAUGAUGGAAGAGGCGGGGGCAAGCCACCUCCACCACCACCACCUCCUCCUCCUCCUCCUGGCGGUAAUGAUGAUGCGGGCGAUGAUGGCGAUGAUAGAGGAAGCGGGAACAAGCCACAGCCACCACCACCACCUGGCGGUAAUGACGAUGCGGGCGAUGAUGGCAAUAAUAGAGGAAGCGGGAAGAAGCAACAGCCACCACUACCUCCACCACCACCACCACCACCACCUGGCGGUAAUGAUGAUGCAGGCGAUGAUGGCAAUGAUAGAGGAGCACCGCCAGCACCAGCACCACCGCCCCCGCCUCCGCCGAAAAACAACCCACGAAAGCGUAAGCGUCUCAAUAAUGAGUUGGAGCAACUGAGAAAGGAGGCCGAAAACUUCUGCGAAAAUUGGCCUCACAAGGUGCCCAGGUCCAGAAGGCCGGGGUUUUAG